AUGAGCACUCGUCGGGCAGUACACGGAAUCGUGAAAGUUCUGCGAGAGGCAUUAAAGGUCAACGAAGACGGUAUUCUCAUGUGGAAACCGAAGUUCCUGACACUCACUCAAAGCGAACUGCUUUUCUACGAAGCCGUACCACAAAUGAAAACCGAAUGGGCGGAGCCUCGCAUAACUCGACCAUUAGUUGCCACAAGGGUUGUACAGACGACGUCACGAACCGCACCAGUUAUGAAGGGUUUAUCAGACGUCAUAUCCCUGCGAAUACGAACGGGAACGCAAAACGGCGUACGAUCGCAUACAUUACGGGUAGAAACCCACGCUGAUCUUGCUCAAUGGGUACGAGCGAUCGUACUGGGAACCUAUGAAGCCUGCUCAGAAACAUCUCAGGUGACAUCUCCAUGCAUUUGCCGAGGAGAAAACUGCGAAUUAGUAGUGAAUUUAGAUGCAGGAAUUUCUCUAUCAGGACCAAAUAGAGAGAUUAUAUGGCAGCACCCGUUCGAAUCUAUCCGAGCCACAGGUGACGACGGUGGUAGAUUCUUAUGGAUUGACUUCGGGCCUCCAAGCGGCGAACAGAUUUUUCGUGCCAAGGACCAAGCAUUUCGUUCCCGUAUGGCUACGCCAUGCUACCAAACCCCGAAUCUGUUGCCUGACAUCUGCCGAGGCUAA